AUGCUCUACAAUGCUCGACUUGCAUUCUCUUUAACCCGCUCAUUCUGCACAAAACCACAACGUCUUCACAAGACCAAGGUUGCCCUGAUGCUCGGCUUUAAUGGCACUGGUUUUCAAGGCAUGCAAUACAAUCCAUCCAUUCGAUCGAUCGAGCAAACUUUAUUUGAAGCGUUAUGCAAGGCUGGGGCAGUAUCAGAACUCAAUUCGAUGGAUCCAAAAAAGAUACAAAUGGCUCGAGCAGCUCGUACUGAUAAGGGCGUUCAUGCUGUUGGCAAUGUGGUAUCUGCCAAGCUGGUUGUGGAAGAUCCGGAUAUUGUCUCAAAAAUCAACCAACAUCUGCCUGAUCAAAUCAAAGUGUGGGGAUACACUCCUGUCACGGGUGGAUUUCAUGCAAAAAAGGCUUGCAAUGGUCGAGAAUAUGAAUAUUGGUUACCCACAUACACCUUGGAAAUGCCGCCAUCUCGUUCCCUUCAUUUACGGUCGUCACGUGAGCAUCCAUCUGAUCUUUACAUUGCUGAAGAGAAUGCCUAUAUCCCUGUCAGCACUCGCGAGAGUAUUGCUGAGAAGCAUCAAUGUCGUAUCAGCAGCACCAAAUUGGAACAGUUUCGAGAUGCGAUGGCUGUUUUCCAAGGCACCCACAAUUUCCACAACUACACUAUUCAACGCAACUCAUCGGAUCCAAGUGCCAAUCGUUACAUCAUGCGAGUCGAGGUUGGACAACCAAAGCAAUUUGAUGGUAUGGAAUGGGUCAAUGUCAAGCUCCGGGGACAAUCUUUCAUGUUACACCAGAUCCGAAAGAUGAUUGCUAUGGCCAUGCUCGUAACACGCACCGACACACCCACUUCAGUCAUUUCUCAGUCAUUUGAGCAUCACAAAAUCAACAUCCCAAAGGCACCUGCACUUGGUCUCUUGCUUGAAAAACCUCUCUUUGAUGGGUACAACCAACGUAUCGCUGAUCGACCGGAUCGUUCGCCUAUAUCAUUUGACUCAUACAAGGAUGCAAUGGAUGAAUUCAAGGAACGAUGGAUCAUUGAUGAAAUGCUGGCAACCGAAAAAGAACAAAACUUGUUUGAUCGAUUCUUGCUUUACAUGGAUGCACAGCAAACGGGACCCGUUUUCAGUUAUCUGAACAAGGAAGGCUGUAUUCCACCAGAAGCCAUCCUCACCUUUUGA